AUGAGGCUGAUGUGGUACUGCGGGGCCUUUCUGCUCUCACUCUUCCUUUCCCGAUCCUGUCACGGAGGUAACAUCCUGGUCUUUCCGAUUGAAGGCAGUCACUGGGUGAACAUGGACAUCCUUAUGCGAGAGUUGCACUCGCAAGGACACAACUUGACCAUUGUACGACCCAGCAAGACGUGGUACAUGAAGGACAACGCCUCCUACUUCAACACGAUUAGCGUUCCUGUGGAAAGGAGCUUGGACAAAGACUUCAUCACCGGCUUGCUUUAUGAGGUAAUUGAAUACGAAAGGGGCUCUCUGCCCCUGGUGACAUUUCUUCACAUGAGUGUGGGAAUGUUUGGGAUGUUCAUGGAAGCUCACCAGAUGGUGGGUGAGUUCGCCACAGCGAUUCUCGACGACAAAGACUUAACGAAGAGAUUGAAGGACAGCAACUUUGACCUGAUUCUCAGCGACCCCGCCUGGGCCGGAGGUGUUAUUGUGGCCAAAUAUUUGAACCUUCCUUUGGUCUACAAUGUCCGCUGGCUUAUCGCCACUGAGGGCCACAUCACCAUUGCGCCAUCACCACUUUCUUACAUUCCCAUUACGGGAACUGGUAAUACCAACAAGAUGAGCUUUCUUCAAAGAGUCAAAAACGUGAUUGUGUUUCUGGUCGGCUAUACACAACAUAUUCUGGUCAUUAAGAACGUGUACCAGAAGAUUUGUGACAAGUAUCUUGGACCUGAUAUCGACAUGCACCAUUUGCUUGCUUCUGCUGACCUGUGGCUCAUGAGAGUAGACUUUGUUUUUGAGUUUCCACGCCCUACCAUGCCCAAUGUUGUCUACAUUGGAGGCUUCCAGUGUAAACCAGCCAAGCCUCUACCUGACCACUUGGAAGAGUUUGUUCAGAGUUCUGGAGAACAUGGAGUCAUCCUUAUGUCUCUGGGAACAUUUGUGACCGAACUCCCGGUUGACUUGGCUGAAAAGAUUGCAGCGGAUUUCGCCAAACUCCCUCAGAAAGUCAUCUGGCGGUAUAAAGGUGCUAAACCUUCUACUCUGGGCAACAACACUCUAAUCGUGGACUGGAUGCCACAGAACGACUUGCUUGGACAUCCCAAAAUUAAACUCUUCGUGGCUCAUGGCGGGACAAAUGGCAUCCAGGAAGCGAUCUACCAUGGAGUUCCAGUCGUGGGAAUACCCUUAUUUUUCGACCAACAUGACAACCUGCUGCGUCUCUCUGAAAGAGGGGCGGCCAUUGUGGUUAUGUUAGCCUUAGUGGACAAAGAUGACAACUUUCUGAAGGCCAUACAGGAAGUUAUUGCCAAUCCGACCUACAAAAACAACAUGGAGAGGCUGUCCAGGCUGCACAAAGAUAAGCCCAUCCCACCACUUAAAAAUGCUAUCUUCUGGAUUGAGUUUGUCAUGAGGCACAAAGGCGCAGCUCACUUGAAAACCGACUCCUACAAACUGCCCUGGUACAUCUACUAUUCUUUAGAUGUGUAUCUGUUCCUUACUGCAGCUUUGCUGGCUCUGUUUUUAGCACUUUUUAUCACAAUCAGGUGCAUGUGCUCUGCUUUAUGUAGGAGGAAAGUCAAACGUGAGUAG